GGGAUAAUGAAAAUAAAAAUUUGCCAUUUCCGAUAAAUGAGACGAAAUUCAACGGGCAGCUAAUUCGAAAAUUUCUGAGGUUCCCGCCUGAAAAAUUUAUUGAGCACAUCCGCAAAAUUAUCCUUCCACACAGCAGCGAAGUUUAUUUUUCCUUCUACUCGUGCUCCUUUGGAUCAAUUUGCUGUAACAUGUUUCGGGCAGCAGAGGAGUAACACAGAAACAUAAUUUCCAGAUGCCAGAAAGUUUACAGCGGAGCAGCGGCAUUGCCCUAACAGAAACAGAAGCACCGAUUUCUUCUCUACAAGAUCUGUUUGAGCAAGCAACUCUUUUUACUUUGAUGCCCAACUCAUUCAAGGGUUUGCUCGCCCAAAAAUCCACCGAUCCGCUUAAUGCUGAACAAGAUCUUCAUCAUAUACUCAGUCAAGAGGCAUUGAAAAUGACUGCCAAAGAUGCUGAACAGGCAAAUACAAUUUUAGCUAACAUACCAGGGCUUAAUAUAUCAGGAACAAAUGUUGAUACACAAAUAUUUUGCGAGUCUGAAAGUGAACAGCCUGAUUACAAUGAAGGAAUGGCUCAGAAACCUGAAUCGUUUAAGGAGAAUAUCGAUCCCAAUGAACCUUUCCCACAUUCCCGGAUAAGAAGAGAAGGCACUGGUCGUGUGUCUUCUAGACGGCCUUUCACUCUUAACUCAAGUUGCAGUUCCUUUGGAUCAGAUAUAAAUGUACAGAAAGAUCCUAGAACGCUGGAAGAUGUUUAUGAGUUUUUCUCAGCUGCUGAACGCCAAGAAACUGCAGCAGCAAUAAUAAGAAAAUUAAGGGGUGAGAAUUCACCAGUUGCUUUUUGCAGUCAACAAUCUCUGAAGAGACGUGUCCGGCGGCAAGGGACAGGCAGGAGAAAAAUUUCUAAGAACUUUGAUUGGAAACUUCUUGGUAAUACUGAGAAAUACAUGCAAUUAGAUGAUGAAGAGCUAGAGGUAGAGGAAGAAGAAGACCCUAGAUCCUCUUUCAUGAGCAAAGCAGAGCAAGCCUUUGAAAUGCUAAUUGAAACCGACGAUAGGACAACAAAUAAGGAUGUUCAGUUGGACAGCAACUCGCAAAACUGUAAACAGGCACAUGAUCAACAUAGUAUGGCGAAUGGCAGUCACAUUGAUGGUCUUCAACCAAAUCCAGUGCAAGAAAAAGAGACACAUUGUGCAUCUGAAACUGAAGAAACAGUGAACAUGCCCCCCAAAACAUCUCUCUCUUUUGGAAAUUCAACUAGAAACGCAUUGGACCAGCUGUUAAAGGACUACAUGAAACAAGAUCCGGACCAAACAAAGUCAAUGUCAUUUUCAAGAUCCAGACAUGAAAUUAAUGAUAUUGAAAUGCCAUAUGCAAUAGCUCUUGAUUGUGAUACAAAAUAUGCUUUUCAACAAUCACAGACAGAAUCAAGUAACACCAUUUAUUCAGAAGCCUUAUUUACAGAUGAAGGAAAAACUAGCAUGCAACUACAGCAAUUCCCAAAAGGUUUUCAGAUGGAAGUUUCUGAUAGAACUCCACAUGACAAUGCUUGUCAAAAACCAACAGAAAAUUCUACUCCUUUGACAUCACCUACUCCACCUUCAAAAAUAUCCGCUGCUUUCCUGUUACAUGGGAAGCUCAAAAGUGGGAUUGGGGUUAAAAUUGGAGAAGCAUGUAAACCUUCCAUAGAAAAAAGGGAUGAAGAAGCAGCGAAAGUUCACAGUUCCUUGCACAUUUCUAGGAGUCUUCACAAUUCCUCACCCUCACACAGUUCCUCACCUUCACACAAUUCUAGAAGGCUGCACAUUUCCUCACCCCCACAUAGUUCUAGAAGAUUCAACACCUCUUCACCCUCACACAUUUCUAGAAAGCUAACCUUAAAAAGCCCCUUAAAGAAAGGGGAGAGUUCUGGGGUGAGAAGAUUGAGCUUUGAUAGUUCUUCAAAGUCAACAAAGCAAGAUGACAAGGAAGAUGGAUUUGACAAUGGGGAAAGCCUCAAUGUUGACAAAGUCAUGGACAUAGCAAACCCUUCCAAAGAUUCUGAGAAUGACAAGCAUUUUCCCCACGGAGAAAUGGAGACAACUGAUGUAGACGUUUCAAAUCUCACUGCCAUGAGCCCUCAAAAGAGCACUCCAGUAAUGGGUACUGAAGUUCAAGAUUUCAAUGUGCUUGUUCCUGAAUACACAGAGAAAGAUGCUCUUGGUUCUGCAUCAGGCAAGCAAAUUGAAGAAGCUCCAGUAGCAUUACGCAAAAAGAAUGUGAAAAAGUCUGGGGCAAAGAGGCAAUCCAAAAAUAACUCAAAAGUCAGUGGUUGUGAUGCUCAUGAGAAAGAUACAGUCAUAUCCAAUGAGAUAGUGGCUAUUAAGAGGAAAAAUAAAAAGUCUGAUUAUCAACGUCGACAAAGUCUUGCAGGGGCAGGUACUUUAUGGAAAAGUGGUGUCAGGCGUAGUACACGAAUCAGAUCAAGACCUCUAGAAUUUUGGAGAGGCGAGAGGUUCUUGUAUGGACGUAUACACAAUACUUUAGCAACUGUAAUUGGUAUCAAGUAUACUUCUCCAUCUCAAGAACAUGAGAAGAGGCGUGAUGGUCCAAACUUCAAGGUCAAGUCAUAUGUUGAUGACCAAUAUUCUCAUUUGGUGGAGUUUGCAGCUUCGCAUUGACAUUAUUUCCAUUCAUAUUCCAUGUUGGAGAAACAGUAUGCUACCAUUCCAAGUUGUAGCUAUGUUUUUCUUAAUGUGCACUGUAUACUCGACAUUUGGGAUAGUUAUACCUUUGGUAUAAUAUCUAAAAGCCUGUUUUAACAAAAUUGUAAUAUUGUAUAUGAAAGCAGAGCAGGGUCGACUUACCAAAACAUCAAUUGCCCCUUCGCUGGUAUAUGGUCUAAUUAGACUGGGUAAGUGAACAGUUAUGAUGCUAUUGCUUUAUUGUUUUAUUUCCUUUCUUCGAUGUCUGAAUUUCUAAGACAAUCAACAAGAGUGCAAAAUUUACCCAGUUUCACUUA